AUCAGAAGGCUGACAAUAAUCCAGGCAAUGCCAAAUUAAAGACUGGCACCAUUCCCAAGGCAAAGGCUGGCACCGGUGUUGGCAAUCCAGUUCGAAAACCUAUUGCUAUUCCCUGUGGUAUCAUGGUGAAGGCAGACCCCAAACCUGCCAUCCCCAAAAAGACGGCUGUUUUUCAUGAGCGUGAUAAGAAGGUGAAGGCAGACCCCAAACUUGCCAUCCCCAAAAAACCGGCUGUUUUUCAUAAUUGUGAUAAGAAGGUGAAGGCAGACCCCAAACCUGCCAUCCCCAAAAAGACGGCUGUUUUUCAUAAUCGUGAUAAGAAGGUGAAGGCAGUAACCAAACCUGCCAUUCCAAAGAAGACAGCUGAUACCGAGGUGAAAGCAUAUAGCGAGGAGAUCAAUGCGGCACACAGAACCUUGUGUCAUGAUUAUUGUAUUGAUACAGAUAAUCCGCUUGGUAAAGGUAGCUUUGGCGCUGUGUUUCCGGGGACCAGUAAAGCCGAUGGCAAACCGGUUGCUAUCAAGUUUGUGAAACGAAGGCAACCAAACCGUUACUUUAUCAUGCCUGGAUCUGGAAUGGUUCUCACAGAACUAGUAGUGUUGCACACAUUAAAGGAGGAUCCAAACCCUCAUGUGAUCAAACUUUAUGACAGCUAUGAGGAUCCGGAUUACUUCAUACUCGUCAUGGAGCGGCCUGAUCCUUGCAUGACCUUGAAUGAGUUUAUUAAACUUCAACGAGGUCUGCUGGAAUCAACAGCACGCAUCCUAAUGCGUCAGGCAGUCAUGGCUGUAAAACAUUGCUUUAAGCAUGAGACUUUUCAUACUGACCUCCACGCUGGCAACUUCCUCGUGGAUAAAAACAACAUGCUGCUGAAGCUGAUCGACUUUGGGUGCUGUGACCGAUUAAGAGACACGGCCUAUGCAUAUGAAGAGUAUUUGGGGGCACCGGCUUAUCGGCCACCUGAGGUCCGCAACAGGGGCAGAUACCACGCCAUGUCAAGCAGUGUCUGGUCUCUGGGAACUCUGCUCUAUUAUAUGGUUAAUGUAAACUUGCCCUUUCCUAAAUAUGGGCCAGUAACUGAAGGCAUGAUAAACCACGAGAAUGACUAUUUAACAAAGCAGAUUCAGGAUCUGAUUGAGAAGUGCCUGUCCAUUGAUCCAGCUAAACGACCAACUCUAGACCAGAUGUUAGAACAUCCCUGGUUUAAAAUGGGUGAAGAAGGAGGGAUGUCAGCCGAAUUCCGUCAGAUCAUGGAUGAACUCACCGACAAAGCCAGUUAG